AUGGCAGAGGUAAAGCCCAAAGAUACUUGUCACACCAGCAACACCAGUGCCCAUUCGAAUUCCAACGCCGAUCAACCCGACCGCCUUGUUCGCGUCUACGCCGAUGGGAUCUACGAUCUCUUCCACUUCGGCCAUGCUCGCUCGCUCGAGCAAGCCAAGAAAUCGUUCCCUAACACCUAUCUUCUCGUUGGUUGUUGUAAUGAUGAAACCACUCACAAGUUUAAAGGCAAGACUGUUAUGACAGAGUCUGAACGUUAUGAAUCUCUUCGCCAUUGCAAGUGGGUAGAUGAAGUCAUUCCUGAUGCACCUUGGGUGAUCAAUCAAGAAUUUCUUGACAAGCAUGAGAUUGCCUAUGUGGCCCAUGACUCUCUCCCUUAUGCUGAUGCCAGUGGAGCUGGGAAAGAUGUGUAUGAAUUUGUCAAAGCAGUGGGGAGGUUUAAGGAAACAAAGAGAACUGAUGGGAUUUCGACCUCGGACAUUAUAAUGAGGAUUGUAAAAGAUUAUAAUCAGUAUGUGUUGCGUAACUUGGAUCGUGGAUAUACAAGAAAAGAGCUUGGUGUUAGUUUUGUGAAGGAAAAGCGGUUAAGGGUGAACAUGAGAUUGAAGAAAUUACAAGAGAAAGUGAAGGAACAUCAAGAAAAAGUGGGAGAGAAGAUCCAGACUGUUGCUAUGCAUCGUAAUGAGUGGGUAGAAAAUGCUGAUCGCUGGGUUGCUGGAUUUCUUGAGAUGUUUGAAGAAGGUUGCCAUAAAAUGGGCACAGCCAUCAGAGAUCGAAUUCAAGAGAGCUUAAGAGGGCAGCAGUCGAGAGAAAAGUAUCUGCUGGAAAAUGGUAAGGCGGAUAGUGAUGAUGAAGAAUACUACGAUGAGGAUGAUGACGAAGAGUACUAUGAUGAUGAAGAAUACUAUGACGAUGAAGAAUAUUAUGAGGAGGUAUAUGGAAAAGAUGGGAAUAAUGAGAAAGAAAAGGUUGAGAAAGAAAAGAAUGAGCAAGGAAAGUAG